UUGCUAUCUUUGCGAUGUUCGUAGACAGUAAGAUGUCAAGUUUCCGGUAGAAGCCGCACAUAACCCCAAUCCUAUUAACUAUAGUUACUAACUUUCCAGCGUAAAAUUCUGUACCAGCCUUGGGACGCUGGGAACCGAACUGGAAUUCUAUUAAGUGAAAAUCAUUUAACUACAUUUGGUGGGAGUAUUAGUGCUGAGGUGAAAUAAGGGAUCUCACUGAAGAGGAUGCCUUGGUAUUCUCAUCAUAAAUUUUUUAGUGGUAUACCAUCGGUAUGGGUCAAGCUUUAAUAAACUAAAGUGCACCACUUCUUAAAAAAACAAGAAUGUCAGUUGUAUUUGUGAACCUUUCAAAAAUAUGCUUAAAUUUUUUGCAAAACAAGAUCUCAUUUACGAAGCAAUUAGUUUAUAACACAAUGGUGAAAGAAAAUCCAAAGGCCAUGGUGAUAUGUGGCCCAUCUGGAUGUGGAAAAUCAACUCUAUUGAAGAAGCUAUUUGAUGAAUUUCCAGAUAAGUUUGGUUUUUCUGUGUCUCACACAACACGAAGUCCUCGUAGUGGGGAAGUGGAUGGUGUACACUAUAAUUUUACAACAAAAGAGGCAAUGAAAGCUGCAAUCAACAAUGGAGAGUUUCUUGAGUCUGCAGAAUACAACCAUAAUCUGUAUGGAACAAGCAAAGCAGCUGUUGAAAAAGUGAGCCAGAGUGGUAAGAUAUGUGUGCUUGAUAUAGAGAUACAAGGUGUGAAACAAAUAAAACAAACAAGUUUAAAACCUUUAUAUGUCUUCAUAAAACCACCUUCUUUGAGCACACUUGAAGAACGUCUAAGAGGUCGAGGGACUGAAAGUGAGGAGAGCUUGCAGAGACGCUUGACCAUUGCUGCUACGGAACUGGAAUAUGGUGAAACGCCAGGCAAUUUUGAUAUUAUAAUUGUCAAUGAUAUACUGGAGAAGGCCUAUUCUGAGCUUCGAGAAUUUGUAUUGAAAGAACUGCAAAGAUGUAAAGACAUAGAUGGUGCUUCUGAUUCUUAGUGAAGCUAAAUAAGAAGGCAGAAAAAAAUCAUUCCAGUUUGAUCACUGUAGCUCCAUGCAUGUUUUACAUAAUUAUUCUGUACCUGACAUAAACUGAUACCAAACAGUUGUUUAAACAGUGACAAAGGUAGCUAUAUUAGCUUCUACAAGAUAAAUUAUUUUUAGCGCUCGAAUAAUAGAAUUGUAUAUUAUGUUGUCGAAUUACAGGGAAAAUGAGGAUGCAAUAACUGUGUUGCUAUAUCAAAAUCAUUGAUCAGAUUGAACUGUAGAAGUAGUAUUGUAAUUAAUUGGAUGUUUGUAUUAGACUUGCUUCAGAAACUUUCUGACCAUGUACAUUUCUUGCCAGCCAACUUGUGAUAGCUUUAAUAACAAAAGCAGCAGUCAUGUACCUAAUUAGCUUGCCUGUAAUAAUACUGAUGAAUAUAUUAAUGUAUACGUAUUUUGUGCGCUCUUUAGAAAUGUGUUGUAGUGGUUCAUUAUGAACAUUAAAUAUAAAUACGCAUAAGCAAGCUAUGCACACCACUAAAGCCAAGUCUGCCACAUUCCCUCUUAAAUAUUCAGAGCCAUAGCAACAAACACAAAUGGAAACUAAAUAAAAUGAAAUGUUAAAAUUUA